AUGCGCCUUCUGAAUGCCACCACCCUCCGCCUCGAAACUGUGAACCCAGGUUCCGAGCCCUACGCAAUCCUCUCCCACCGCUGGACCGACGAUGAGGUGUUGUUUAGCGAUCUCCGUGGCUGCUGUGAUACCGCUCUCAGCCAGAACCUGAAGUAUGUGUGGAUCGACACUUGCUGCAUCGACAAGAGCAGCAGCGCCGAGCUUUCAGAGGCGAUCAACUCCAUGUUCCGCUGGUAUAGUAUGGCCGAGGUCUGCUACGCUUACCUGCACGACGCGACGGGUGAGCAGGACUACCUCUCGAGCGAGUGGUUCGAUCGCGGGUGGACGCUGCAGGAGCUCAUCGCCCCGAAGAGGGUAGAGUUCUACGCCAAAAGUUGGACCAAGUUCGGCAGCCGCUCCCAACUGUCCAAAGUACUGAGCAAGAAGACGGGUAUCACGGAGGCGUAUCUCCACGGCACAGACCUCUCGAGGGCGUCCAUUGCCGAGAGAAUGUCCUGGGCCGCGAAGCGCGUGACCACCAGGCCCGAAGACAUGGCCUACUGCCUCCUCGGUAUAUUCAACACUCACAUGAGCCCGAUAUACGGAGAGGGAGGUGGGAUGGCCUUCAUCCGCCUGCAGCGCGAGCUCCUCGAAACAUCCAGCGACCACUCAUUCCUUGCCUGGGGCUCACCAAACGCCCCCGAGACCCUCGCCGUCGCGGCCCCGGAAGCAACGGGCGUCCUGAGCGGCGUGCUCGCGCGUUCGCCAGCCUCUUUCGUGGGGUGCGGCGACGUAGAGACCUGGGACCAAGUCGUGACCGCAACGACCACGCCGAUCAUCAUGCAGAACAUGGGCAUCCAAGCCCGACUG